UUUCGUAUAGGCGGGAAAAUCAUUCUCUCUUCUUUUUGAUUUCUUCCAAAAUUGCCAUUUCCUCUUCUCAGUUUCUUCGAAUCCAGACAACAAAUCGGAACCUAACCCAAACUGAAAUCUAUGUCAGCCUACGAGUACCCGAGGCUCUCUCGUUCCGACAUUUUGACGGCCCUCAAGGAUUUUCAGAUCGCUAGCGUUACAGAGACCGAUCUCAAAAACCCAACUUCCGACUUCGUCUCCGAGCUUUACACCAGAAUUCUUAUCUAUCUCGACGCUCUCAACGAAGAAGAGACUGGGCAAGUUGAUUUUGGGGCUUUGGAGCAAUUGGAGAAUCCAGAACAUCAUGCCACAUCAAUGCAAUCUAUGACACUUUAUUGCAAAGUGAAAGAUAUGUUAGAUAUGGUUGAUUGUCCAUUAGCCAUUAAUUUCAAGGAUCUGUUACGCCCCGAAUCAUCCCGAACCGAGUUUUUCAUCAGCGCACUUUUGAAUUUUGCUCUAUACAAAGAUUCAAAAAUGGAACUUAUAAGACCAAUGGCAGAAGAGUUGGGUAUCCUUGACCUGCAGCGGAAGCAGGAGGAGGCAAAGGUUGCUCAGUUGAAUGCAGAGAUUGGAGAAUUUGAUGAAGCCGUUGAAAGGGAUUUACCUCUUGUGCAAGAGCUAGAAGUGAACAUUGAAGAACUGAAUCAGAAAAUAUUAGCACUAAAUAAUCAGCAGAUGUCACUGCGAGAUACCUUCCAGAAAAUGAGAGAGAAGAGUACACAGAUGGAUAAGAAGAUUUCCACAGCAGAGUUUGACCUUGUGCAAACUGUCCAAGAAAACGCAAACCUCCGCGCACAAAUUGUUCAAUCUCCAGACAAAUUGCAGGGAGCUUUAGAAGAGAAGAAACUAGUACUUGGGGAGACAAAGAAAGCUGAACAAUCAGCAAUGGGAUCUUUCCAGGAAAAGGCUGCCAUUCUUGAGGUUUAUGAAAAGGCUUUCAAGAAAAUUUCAAAGUCAUCUUCGCAACUGAAGUUAAUUAACGAACAGGUCACCAAUGCGAAAGCGGUUGAGAAAGAAUUCAAAGCUCUUAAAGCUAAGCUGAGCGAGGAUGGAGUUGCGUACAAAUCACUUGAGGCGAAAGUGGUUGAGCGGGAAAGAAUAGUGGAACAGUUGAACGAAUCAUUGAAACAACUAGAGAAAGAAAAAGCAGUCAUGUUUGAUGAGUGGACAAAACAAUUGAAUGGAUUAAAAGUGGAGGUUGAAUCCAGAAGACGUGAACUUGAAGCCAGGCAAACCAAUGUUGAAUCAGUAGUAGCUAUGGUUGAUGACAAUAAUGCCAAGAUUAACCAGGUGAGACAGUCAGGAGAAGCAAAAGUAAAACAACUAGCCGCUAAAUAUGAAGAGAUCGUGAAGCAGUUUCAUGAAUACACAGUGUCGUUUGAUGCGUUUCUACCAAGCCUCUAAAGGACAAGGCAGGUCUCAUCAGUUGAGCUGAUUCAAGGCAGAGGAGAGAUUGUAAUGAACACAUGUUCUCUACAAAUGGUUAAGAAUUUGACUACUAAAUUAAUUCCUCUUGUGAUUGUAUUAAGUCUCUUGUAUUAAAGUUGGAUAAUGUUAUGAAUUUCUCUUUAUGGAAUGACAUAUAUUGAAGUA